AUGACUUGCAGGCUCGACGACGGCCGCCUGGUUGCGGUGAAGGGGUUGAAACGCGCGAGGGGCUCCGGAAAGGAGUUCUUCAAAAAAGUCGUCGGCAUCGGCUGCAGUUACCAUGUCAACAUCGUCGGCCUGCUCGGUUUCUACCUGGAAGGUUCUAGAAGAGUCCUCGUCUACGAGCUCAUGCCUAACGGCUCGCUCGAAAGUUCAUACACAACCGUCACAAGAACACGACAACGACGGUGUUUUGAUUGGGCCAAGUUGUUGGAUAUCGUGACCGGCAUUCAUACACAACCAUAUCCGACUUCGGUCUUGCCAAAAUCUGCGAUGCUGGGGGCCAGGGGGACCGCGGGGUACAUAGCCCCCGAGGUCUUCUUCCGGAGCUACGGGGCUGUGUCGAGUAAGUCCGACGUCUACAGCCACAGAAUGGUGGUGCUGGAGAUGGUCAGGGGUCGGAGGAACGUCGAAGCGCGCAUCGAGAACACGAGCGAGCUCUACUUCCCGUAUUGGAUAUACAUACAAAAAGAGUUGCGAAAACAUACAGAAAACGUAACCAACACAUUCUGCCCACAAUCCCAAGCCGAGAACCCUAGAUAUUAA